AGUCACAUUUUCGUUCUUCAGUUUCCAAGUGUGAUUUUGAGGCAAACAGCUGUGGUUGGUUUGAAGCAAUUAGUGGUGACCAUUUUGACUGGAUAUGGAGCUCCCAGAGUGACCUUUCUGUGGAUUUUGAGCAUCAGGCUCCACCUUGGGAUCACACUCUCAACACAGCUGAAGGGCAUUUUAUGUUUAUUCUGAAGAAAAGCAGCAGCUUGUCCCAAAUUGCUAAGCUCCAGAGCCCAACUUUCAGGCAGACAGGACCUGAAUGCAUACUUUCCUUCUGGUUUUAUAACUAUGGCCUGUCAGUGGGAGCAGCUGAGCUGCAGCUACAUAUGGAAAAAUCCAAUGAUUCAACAGUACUUUGGAGAGUAUUAUAUAACCAGGGUAACCAUUGGUCGGAGGCAACCAUUCAGCUAGGGCGCCUUUCUCAGCCCUUCCAUUUGUCACUAGAUAAAGUCAGUCUUGGCAUUUAUGAUGGGGUCUCAGCUAUUGAUGACAUCAGAUUUGAAAAUUGUACUCUUCCCCUUCCUGCUGAGAGUUGUGAUGGGCCAGAUCUUUUCUGGUGUCAGCAUACCAAGGCGUGCGUAGAAAAACUUCGGCUGUGUGAUCUGGUGGAUGAUUGUGGUGAUCACACUGAUGAGACUGACUGUGCACCUGAACUGCAAUGUAGCUUUGAAAAUGGAAUUUGUAACUGGGAACAAUACACAGAAGAUGACUUUGAUUGGACCAGAAACCAGGGUCCAACCUCAACGCUUAAUACAGGGCCAAUGAAGGAUAAUACUUUGGGCACAGCUAAAGGACACUAUCUCUACAUAGAAUCUUCAGAGCCACAGGUCUUUCAAGACAAUGCUGCUUUGCUCAGCCCGAUCCUCAAUGCCACUGAUGCAAUGGGCUGCACCUUCCGCCUCUAUUACCACAUGUUCGGAAAGCACAUUUAUAAGUUGGCUAUCUACCAGCGAAUCUGGAGUGACACAAAGGGACAGCUGCUGUGGCAGAUAUUUGGGAAUCAAGGCAACAGGUGGAUAAGGAAACACCUCAACAUUUCCAGCAGGCAGCCUUUUCAGAUUUUAGUGGAGGCUUCCGUGGGAGAUGGCUUCACUGGAGAUAUUGCAAUUGAUGAUUUGUCAUUCAUGAACUGUACCCUCUACCCAGGUAGUUUACCGGUAGAACUUCCAACUCCGCCAGAAACUUCAGUUCCUGUAACAUUACCUCCACACAACUGCACAGAUAAUGAAUUUGUCUGCAGGUCUGAUGGUCACUGUGUUGAAAAAAUUCAGAAAUGUGACUUUAAGUAUGACUGCCCUGACAAAUCAGAUGAAUCAUCCUGUGUUACGGAAAUUUGCAGCUUUGAAACAGGAAACCUGUGUAAAUGGUACCAGCCAAUCCCCAUAAACUUACUUCAAGAUUCAAACACAUUCAGGUGGGGACUUGGUAAUGGAAUGAGUAUUCACCAUGGGGAAGAAAACCACAGGCCUUCAGUGGAUCAUACAAAAAAUACUACAGAUGGCUGGUACCUGUAUGCUGAUAGUUCUAAUGGGAAAUUUGGUGACACCGCUGACAUCCUUACUCCUGUCAUUUCACUCACAGGACCAAAGUGUACUUUGGUUUUCUGGACACAUAUGAAUGGUGCUACGGUUGGUUCUCUCCAGGUACUCAUCAGAAAGGAUAAUGUUACAUCUAAAUUGUGGGCUCAAACUGGACAGCAGGGUGCACAGUGGAAGAAAGUAGAAGUGUUUUUAGGCGUUCAUUCACAUACACAGGUUGUCUUCAGGGCAAAACGUGGUGUCAGUUACAUAGGAGAUAUAGCAGUGGAUGAUAUUGCCUUUCAAGAUUGUUCUCCUUUACAUGGACCAGACAGAAGGUGUACUGCUCAAGAAUUCAUGUGUGCUAACAAGCACUGCAUUGCAAAGGACAGGCUGUGUGAUUUUGUGAACGAUUGUGCUGAUGGUUCAGAUGAGACUCCUUUCAUUUGCAGUACCUCUGAUUGGGGCUGUGAUUUUGAAUUUGAUCUUUGCUCCUGGAAGCAAGAGCAGGAUGAAGACCUUGACUGGAAUCUGAAAGCUAGCAGCAUCCCAGCUGUGGGCACAGAGCCCGCUGCAGAUCACACCUUGGGAAAUUCAUCUGGUCAUUAUAUCUUUAUAAAGAGCUUGUUCCCUCAGCAGCCCAUGAGAGCCGCCAGAAUUACAAGCCCGGUUAUAAGUAAGAGAAGCAAAAACUGCAAGAUCAUUUUUCAUUAUCACAUGUAUGGAAAUGGCAUCGGGGCACUCACUUUGAUGCAGGUAUCAGUCACAAACCAAACGAAGAUCCUCCUUAAUCUCACAGUAGAACAAGGCAAUUUCUGGCAGAGGAAAGAACUAUCAUUGUCAGGUGAUGAAGACUUCCAACUCAAAUUUGAAGGGAGAGUUGGGAAAGGCCACCGUGGUGACAUUGCACUUGAUGACAUUGUGCUUACAAAGAGUUGUCUAUCAUCCCAUCACUCCGUAAAAGAAGAACUGGCCAUGCCUCUUCCCACAGGUUAUUGCCCACUUGGCCAUCAGGAAUGUCAGAAUGGCAAGUGUUAUAGACCAGAGAAAAGCUGUAACUUUGUAGACGACUGUGGAGAUAAUACUGAUGAAUAUGAAUGUGGUAGCUCCUGCACUUUUGAAAAAGGCUGGUGUGGCUGGCAAAACUCCCUGGCUGACAACUUUGAUUGGGUUUUAGGGGUUGGCUCUCAUCAAAGUCUAAGACCUCCCAAAGACCACACACUUGGAAAUGAAAAUGGGCACUUCAUGUAUUUGGAGGCCACUCCAGUGGGCCUGAGAGGUGACAAAGCACACUUCAAGAGUGCCAUGUGGCGAGAAUGCAGUGCUGCCUGCUCCAUGAGUUUCUGGUAUUUCAUAUCUGCAAAAGCCACAGGGUCCAUUCAGAUUCUCAUUAAGACAGAGAAAGGACUAUCAAAAGUCUGGCAAGAAAGUAAGCAGAACCCUGGUAAUCGGUGGCAAAAGGCUGACAUCCUGUUGGGAAAAUUAAGAAAUUUUGAAGUCAUAUUUCAAGGUGUCAGAACAAGGGAUCUAGGUGGAGGUGCUGCAAUUGAUGAUAUUGAAUUUAAAAACUGCACAACUGUGGGAGAGAUUUCUGAGAUUUGCCCAGAAGCCACUGAUUUUUUGUGUCAGGACAAGAAGUGUAUUGCAUCCCACCUUGUCUGUGACUAUAAAGCAGACUGCUCUGACAAGUCUGAUGAAGCUGACUGCAGACAGUAUACAAGCACAACAGGAAGCUGCAAUUUUGAAACAAGUUCAGGUAACUGGACUUCAGCCUGCAGUCUUACUCAAGACACAGAAGAUGACUUGGACUGGGCCAUUGGCAACAGAAUUCCUGCAGAAUCAUUGAUUCCAGACUCUGAUCACACACCAGGUAAUGGCCAGCACUUCCUGUAUGUCAACUCAUCUGGCCCCAAAGAAGGAUCCACUGCCAGAAUUACUACUUCCAAAUACUUCCCAGCAAGUCUCGGAAUGUGCAUUGUUCGGUUCUGGUUCUACAUGGUUGAUCCCAGGAGUAUGGGAAUAUUAAAGGUUUAUACCAUUGAGGAAUCAGGGCUAAACAUCCAGAUAUGGUCAGCAAUUGGAACUAAAAGAACUGGGUGGAUGUUCGGCUAUACACCUCUCUCCAGUAACAGCCCAUUUAAGGUGGCAUUUGAAGCUGAUUUGGCUGGAAGUGAGGACAUAUUUAUUGCCCUUGACGACAUCUCUUUUACUCCAGAGUGUAUGUCUGGAGGUCCUGUCCCGACACAGCCAUCACCCUGCGAAGUUGACCAAUUUUCUUGUAUCUACACACUCCAGUGUGUUCCUCUCUUGGGGAAAUGUAACGGACAUGAAGAUUGCAUAGAUGGAUCUGAUGAAAUGGAUUGUUCUCUCAGUCCCUCUCCUCCACUGUGUGGCAAAAUGGAGUUCCAGUGCUCUACAGAUGUGUGUAUCCCAUCCCUCCUGCUAUGUGACGGGGUGCCCGACUGUCACUUUAAUGAAGAUGAAUUCGGCUGCUCCAACCAGAGCUGCUCUAACGGAGCUCUGGUGUGUACCUCCUCUAACAGCUGUAUUCCAGUUCACCAGCGCUGCGAUGGUUUUGCCGACUGUGUAGAUUUCCAGCUUGAUGAGUCCAGUUGCUUAGAAUGUCCACUAAGUUACUGCAAAAAUGGUGGGACUUGUGUAGUGAAGAAAAAUGGUCCUAUGUGCCGAUGUGGACAAGGAUGGAAAGGAAAUCGAUGUCAUAUCAAGUUUAAUUCUCCUGCUACAGACUUCACAUACACUCAGAACAAUAUAUGGACUCUCCUGGGUAUCGGAUUAGCAUUCCUGAUGUCCCAUAUCACAGUUGCGGUCUUGUGUUUUCUGGCCUACAGGAAAGGGCCAAUAAG